CAUAAGAGCUACCACUGCGAAAAAACUUAAUACGCUAACGCCAUCUUUCCUUCCUUUGCUGCUUCUGUCAUUUUUGGUUCGUGUGACAAAUUAGGUAAACAAAAUGCAGAACGACGCCGGUGAAUUCGUUGAUCUGUACUGCCCAAGAAAAUGCUCAGCGAGCAACCGUCUCAUCCACGCUAAGGACCACGCGUCGGUGCAGCUGGUGAUCGCGGACGUGGACCCGGCGACGGGCCGCGCGGCCGACACCUCCAAGAUCUACGUGGUGUGCGGCGCCAUCCGACGCAUGGGCGAGUCCGACGACUGUAUAGUGAGGCUCACCAAGAAGGAUGGCAUAUUGACUAAGAACUACUGAUAUUCUUAGUCAUGUAAGCAUUAUUUUAUAAGAGAAAAUAAUAAAAAAAAAAAAAAAAUCACAAAA